UCUUACACUUACUUUCUCUUUUCUUUUUUCGCUUUUUUUCUUUCCUUCCUGAGGUAAAAAUGAACACAACCUUCAACUAUGCAGACUAUCCUGUAAUUGUAGGCAUAGAUUUCGGUACAACUUAUUCGGGCUGUUGUUAUGCAUUUGCACAAAACGAGGAAGUGAUUGAUAUUGUUAAAUGGCCAAAGCAAAAUAAUCAAGUUUAUCCCAAGACACCAACACUCUCUUUAUACCGUAAAGGCUCUACUCAGCUUGUAGAAUGGGGUCAUGGUGCUCGUCGCCUUGCCAUGAAGCCCAAUAAUGCUGAUUCCUUAUUAUUGUCAAAGUUCAAGCUCUAUCUAGACGAACAUUUACAGCAAACCGAACUAGGCAACGGUCUCAAUAUCAUCGAUGUCAUUGCAGACUAUUUGAGAGCCUUUCAUUUACAUGUGUGCACAGAAUUAUUGAAAGGGUUUGCAGGGAAUUAUGAUCAAUCCCGGUUUCGCUACUGCCUCACUGUACCUGCUAUGUGGAGUGAUCGAGCGAAAGCUACGAUGCGUGAAGCGGCUAUUCGAGCUGGACUCAUCAAUGCCAACGACCAUCCCGAUCGUCUCAUGCUUAUUUCAGAACCCGAAGCAGCAGCCCUUUAUUGUGAAAAAAAAUCAGAACAGUUCAAUUUAAGACAUGGGCAGCGUUUUAUGAUAUGUGAUGCUGGUGGUGGUACUGUCGAUUUGAUUGUUUUCGAGAUUCAUGAGCCUCCAGGUGAAAGACGCACCUUGAAAGAAGUCACUAACGGCCAUGGCGGCUCAUGCGGUUCUGGGUUCCUUGAUUUACGAAUGCGAGAAUAUCUUAAGCGAAAGUUCAGCCAUUAUCACACCAUCAAUGAUAGUGCUAUGGAACUGAUUAUGGAUACCUUUGUCAACGUGAUUAAACCCGAUUUUGAUGGUCUGGAAGAUCAUUUUUUGGAUUUGCCUGCAUCGAUGGGCUUGGGUGAUUUGACAGAUACUGAUAUCGGACUGGAUAACGGCUCGCUUUGUUUGCCUGCCGAGGAAUUGAGGGAGUAUGUGUUUGAACCAGUGAUUCGACAGGUGCUUGAAUUGAUCAGGAAUCAGUUAGUACAGUCGCCUCAAUUGGAAGCUAUAUUUUUGGUAGGCGGCUUUGGUCAGUCAAAUUACUUGUUCCGUCGCGUUGAAGAGGAAUUUGCCAAUCAAGUUGGAAUGAUCGGUGUUCCCCCUCGUGGUGAAUUAGCCGUGGUUCGUGGUGCAGUUUAUUUCGGCUUGAAUCCUCAAAUUGUAACAGAAAGAGUGUCAAGACGUACCUAUGGCGUAGAAACACGCAUGUUAUUCCAGGAGGGCAUUGAUCCGCCCGAAUAUGCUGUUAUGGGAGGUGAUGGUAAACGAUAUUGCCGUCAACGGUUCAGUGUAUACGUGCAUAAGGGUCAAAGCGUAAAGGUGGAUGAAUGUGUAUCAAAGAACUUUGUAAUCAGCUAUCCUAACGACACGGAUUCUGACUUAUUUGCCUUUGACGAAGACGGGCAACCGCCGAGACUUACUUCUCAUGCAUUGGUGCGCAAGGUGGGUAACUUUCCUAUCCGAAUGCCUCAUUUAGAAGGCGUCAAGCCUGGUGAGAAAGUAAAUAUGUCCAUCAAAAUGUAUUUCGGUUUAACUGAAAUUAAGAUUGAAUGCGUUAUCGCCGACAAAUCAUUUGUCUUUACUUCUUCUUUUGAAGCAUCAGAUGCUCUCAAUGGAUCUUCCAAUUCGACGGCUACUACCAGCGCCUUGACGAAUGGUAUUCAAGUACAUUCCCAACAGCAGUCGAUGUACGAUCCUUAUAGCAACCCUGCUUCAGACAUGACUGCGGCCCCUGCUCCUUAUGCUAAUUAUCAAACGCCCAUGGUAGCAGCUGAACCAUCGAAUAAUAUGUACGGAUUAAAUCAUGCUAUGAGUCAUGUAUCCCUUCAACAACAGCCACCACCACCACCACCACAGCAGCCUCCUUAUGGUAACUAUCCUUCUGCUACACAAGGAACUCAAGCACCCUUUUCGUAUGGUCAUCCUGUUUCCUCAUCACAAUAUUAUUAUUCGAAUCCCGCCCAAGGCGGUGGUUAUUCCUCUUCCCAACAACAACAGAAUGCUUAUACCAAUAGCUCGUUUUAUGCUAAUACAGGUUACUCACCAUCUCAUCAACAUGGCUAUCCUCCUCAACCGGCAACCCAGCCACCACCCUCCCAAGGGUAUUAUCGUUAAACUAUCUACCAAAUAUUUUACUGUUAUUAUUUAUACAUCAACCCUAUAUCUAUCCUAUUGUUUAUCUACUUAGUAUUCAAUAAAAAAAAAAAAAGAAAUUCAAUCGCGGCAAACGUCUCUUUUGCUGCAUAGGAGGUUUUUUGCUUUAGCCAAAAAAGGCAUGAGCAGUGAAGACAGAGAAAAAAAAAAAAAAAA